AUGGCCGCCCGCUUCGCCGCCGCCCUCGUCGCAGUCCUCGCCCUCUUCGCCGCAGCCGCAACGGCGCAGGCCCCGGCCGCGACGCCCAAGAGCGCGCCGGCCCCGGCACCGCCCAAGAUGGCCCCGCUGCCGCGGCCGCCGACCAAGUCCCCGGCGGCCUCCCCGCCUGCGCCGCCCAUGGCGAGCCCGGUCUCCGCGCCCUCGGCCGCCGUCCCGGCCAUGAGCCCGUUGGGCGCCGGCGUCGGCGACGCGCUGCCCCCGGCUGGUGCCUCCGUGCUGACCCCGGCCGCCGCGCCGGCCACCGAGAAGAGCACCGCCGCAUCUGCCACCGCCGCCACCAGCUUCGUCGCCGUUGCCGGUGCUGUGGUCGCAGCCGUAGUGUUCUAG